AUGCCUCUGUCGCCGCGGUCCGCGCUCGGCGCCUACAAGAACCGCGUCGGCGUGGCCCACGUCCAGCUGAACAGUGUGGACAGCGUGCCGGUCAGCCAGCUGCCGGUGCGGGUGUCCUUCGACGUGCGGAACUCCACGCUGCUGUACGCGCUGUGCGUGCAGGCCUUCGUGGUGUGGUCGUGCUACCUCGCCUUCGCGUGGCGGCUCGGCGUGCUGGAGAAGGUGACCCCGGACGAGAUAGACGACGGCAACAUCCUGGACAGGGCCGACUGGCAGAACAAGUACGUGGCCUUCAUGGCCAUGGUGCACACCAUCUGCUGGACGGUGACGCCCUUUAUGUGGCUGGAGAGCCCUCGCGCCCAGCACAUGGACGCGCGCUGCCGGAAGUUCAUGCGGCACUUCGGCCACCUCCUGGACCCCAGCCGGACGCGGGCCGACUACCGCAACGCCUGGAUUGCGGUGGUGCUGUGCGACUUGCUGCUGGGGGGCGUAGGCGUCUUGUGGUGGGCCAAGGUGGUGGAGACCUCGCUCAAGUUGGCGCACUACGGCGCGCACUUCUACACCAACGCCCUCAUCAACCAGGUCGCCUCCCUGUUCUGGUUCGGCUGCCGGCGCAUCCGCCACGUCGCCGCCGCCCUCGCCGACCAGCUCCAGAAGGUGGGCGUCGCUCUGUCUAUGUCGCUCCCCCAGCGGCCCGCGGGGUGCCUCGCGAGUGCGAGAGAGACAGAGCGAAACGCUGCGCUUGGUAUGGCUUGGCAGGAGCUCGACGGCGGCGUGCUGACGCCCGAGAGGGUGCACGAGUUCCAGUGCGGCUGGCAGCAGCUGUGCGACAUGAACGUGGACCUGGUGCCCACGCCGCUCAGCCUCACCAUCCUCGUCAUCUUUCUCAUCGUGCUCGUCACGUUCUACACGUACUCGGCCCUGGAGCAGCUCGGCACCAGCUGGAAGGUCACCGCCGCCAUCAUGACGGUGAACGUGCCACACUUCGGGGCGCUCUUCCUGGUGUACAACUCGGCCAGCCGCUCCGCCGAGACGAUUCGCGACACUUUCAUGCGGAUACUGCAGAAGCCUCGGUGGCCGAUAGACGACGAACCCAGAGAAACCGAGCUGCAGAAAUUCCUCGAGGUUGUUCGGUGGAACAGUCCGGUCGUCCGCGUCGGCGGCCGUUUUCAAUUAACGACGAGUUCUUUCAACGCCGUCAUCGCCGCCAUCACCACCUACGUCAUCGUCAUCCUGCAGCUGCAGCUCGGCCUGCCAAGUCAUGAGGCGUGGGACGAGGGACCGACGACUCCCUCCGCGACGACCAGCACUUCGUAGAUUCAGCCAGCUUUACAGUGUACCCAACCCAACCGGAAACCGGUCUGCCACACGCCAUGGACCGUGGAACAGGGUGGAGACUGAUCGAAUGGUUCUGUCUUAUAUUUCCAGUCUAGAGCGCGAAAAACAGUGAAAAAAAAAACAGUAGUUUUUGAGUUAUAGACUUGCUGAGGCUGGAUAAUUUUGACGAGAAUCAUGUAGGUUCGUCAUUUGGCUUUUUAUAGUGAAUAAAAAUGACCUUGAGAUUGUUCGGAACAGCAACUAGGGGGUUGCGUUGCACUCAAUUAUGCUUGUCAGGAAACAGAAAAUGUCCCUCACGUUG